AGAACCAACAUGUCUAGCAGAAACAAUAAUAAGCUGCCCAGCAACCUCCCGCAGUUACAGAAUCUGAUCAAGCGGGACCCACCGGCCUACAUCGAAGAGUUUCUGCAGCAGUAUAAUCACUACAAAUCCAAUGUGGAGAUAUUCAAAUUACAACCAAAUAAGCCCAGCAAAGAACUGGCAGAGCUGGUGAUGUUCAUGGCACAGAUUGGUCACUGCUACCCAGAACAUCUCAGUAACUUUCCUCAGGAACUAAAAGAUCUGCUUUCCUACAAUCAUACCGUCUUGGAUCCUGAUCUUCGAAUGACAUUUUGCAAAGCUUUGAUCUUGCUGAGAAAUAAGAAUCUCAUCAAUCCAUCAAGUUUACUAGAGCUCUUCUUUGAACUUCUGCGUUGUCAUGACAAGCUUCUACGAAAGACUUUGUACACUCAUAUUGUGACUGAUAUCAAGAACAUAAAUGCAAAACACAAGAACAAUAAAGUGAAUGUAGUAUUGCAAAAUUUCAUGUAUACCAUGUUAAGAGACAGCAAUGCUACUGCAGCCAAGAUAUCCUUGGAUGUGAUGAUUGAACUCUAUAGAAGAAACAUCUGGAAUGAUGCUAAAACUGUCAAUGUUAUCACAACGGCAUGCUUCUCUAAUGUCACCAAGAUAUUAGUUGCUGCUUUGACAUUCUUCCUGGGAAAAGAUGAAGAUGAGAAACAGGACAGCGACUCAGAAUCCGAGGAUGAAGGACCGACAGCGAGAGACCUUCUAGUGCAAUAUGCCACAGGGAAGAAAAGCUCCAAACACAAGAAAAAAUUGGAAAAGGCUAUGAAAGUGCUCAAGAAACAAAAGAAGAAGAAAAAGCCAGAAGUAUUUAACUUUUCAGCCAUCCACUUGAUUCAUGAUCCCCAAGAUUUUGCAGAAAAACUACUAAAACAACUCGAGAGUUCUAAAGAGAGAUUUGAGGUGAAGAUGAUGCUCAUGAACCUUAUCUCCAGAUUGGUGGGAAUUCAUGAGCUUUUCCUCUUUAACUUCUAUCCUUUUGUUCAAAGGUUUCUGCAGCCCCACCAAAGAGAAGUAACAAAGAUCCUUCUGUUUGCUGCACAAGCAUCUCAUCACCUGGUACCCCCAGAGAUUAUUCAGUCAGUGCUCAUGACUGUGGCCAACAACUUCGUUACUGACAAGAACUCUGGCGAAGUGAUGACAGUAGGAAUCAAUGCUAUAAAAGAGAUAACAGCUCGAUGCCCUCUAGCCAUGACUGAAGAACUUCUCCAAGACCUGGCCCAGUAUAAAACACACAAAGAUAAGAAUGUGAUGAUGUCCGCUAGAACUUUGAUUCAGCUUUUCCGAACACUAAAUCCUCAGAUGUUGCACAAGAAAUUCCGGGGAAAGCCUACAGAAGCCUCAGUAGAAACAAGAGUACAAGAAUAUGGGGAAUUAGAUGCUAAAGACUACAUUCCAGGAGCAGAAAUUCUGGAAGUUGAGAAAGGGGAAGAGAAUGCUGAAGAUGAUGAAGAUGGCUGGGAAAGUGCCAGUCUCAGUGAGGAGGAGGAGGAUGCCGAUGGUGAAUGGGUUGACGUGCACCACUCUUCUGAUGAAGAACAGCAAGAAAUUACCAAGAAGCUGAACAGCAUGCCCAUGGAGGAACGGAAAGCCAAAGCUGCAGCCAUCAGCACUAGUCGGGUUUUAACUCAGGAAGACUUCCAGAAAAUCCACAUGGCCCAGCUAAGCAAAGAACUCAGUGCUGCUCCCGGGAAAGCAGAAAAGAGGAAAUACAUUGAAAUAGAUGAUGAUGAGGAGCCCAGGGGCGAGUUACUUUCACUUCGGGACAUUGAACGCCUUCAUAAAAAGCCAAAGUCUGACAAAGAGACAAGACUAGCAACUGCAAUGGCUGGAAAAACAGACCGAAAAGAAUUUGUGAGGAAGAAAAGCAAAAUGAAUCCAUUUUCAAGUUCCACAAAUAAAGAGAAGAAAAAACAGAAGAACUUUAUGAUGAUGCGGUAUAGCCAGAAUAUCCGGUCAAAAAAUAAACGUUCCUUCAGAGAGAAGCAGCUGGCACUACGAGAUGCGCUUUUGAAAAAGAGAAAAAGAAUGAAGUAA